CGCCCGUACUCUUUCAUUCGGACUCCGUGUGCGCGCACGAGAGACCAGCGUGUUCGCUUCGCCGGACUUUCCGCCGAGCCCCGGGUGCCCGGCGCCUUCCCCCACCCGAGGAAAGAGGACAGGGGGUCGUUCCGGACUGAGGGGGCAGGGGGAGAGAACCCCCGCCUCAGACUUUGGGCUACGCGAGGUACGCGGGAGAAUUGCUGUCCACCGCAGCUGCAACAUUCCCACCUAACCCCUUCAGGUGGCCAAGAAUGCCAGUGGGACGGGAGCCCAGACGGUGAUAGGUCAGGCUGCGUCAGGGAGAGCGGAAGCAGUAUUGGAAUGAUCAGCUGCGUUCACUUGGUGUGCUGGGCUGUGCUUGGCGUGGUGUCCCUCUCCGCCGCACGGCCUGCGCUGACUCUACCAGGACAAGUGUCCCUGAAGCAGAGUGGGGAAGUAGAGCCGUACUCCACGCACCCGGGCGAUUCCCUGGAGCUGCGCUGCCGCUUGCGGGAGGACAUCCAGAGCAUCGCCUGGACCAAGGACGGGGUGCAGCUGCCCGCCAACAACCGCACCCGCAUCACCGCCGAGUACCUGCAGAUCACUGACUCGGUGCGCGAGGACUCCGGGCACUACACCUGCAUCACCAGCGGCCCGUCCGGCAGCGAGAUCUCGCACUUUGCCGUCAACGUCUCCGAUGCUGUGUAUUCGGUGGAAGAGGAUGAUGAAGACGAGGAUGAUGACGAUGACGAUGAUGUAGAGACGGACGAUGAUGAAAGGAACGAGUCAGAUGAAAAGAGCAAGAAGGAAGCAAGAUCCCCGUACUGGGUUCAGCCGGAGAAGAUGGAGAAGAAACUCCAUGCUGUGCCGGCGAUGAAGACGGUGAAGUUCCGGUGCCCGGCAGCUGGUAACCCACCACCCAUUCUCCGCUGGUUGAAGAAUGGCAAAGACUUCAAGCCAGAUCACCGAAUCGGUGGAUACAAGGUCCGAUGGCAACACUGGAGUCUCAUCAUGGAGGGGGUUGUACCUUCAGACAAGGCCAAUUACACCUGUGUGGUGGUUAACCAGUACGGCAGCAUCAACCACACCUACCAGCUGGACGUUGUCGAACGCUCACCUCAUCGACCGAUCCUACAGGCCGGCCUCCCCGCCAACAAGACGGUGACGGUGGGCAGUGAUGUGGAGUUUGUCUGCAAGGUCUACAGUGACCCCCAGCCCCACAUCCAGUGGCUGAAGCACGUGAGAGUAAAUGGCAGCAGGAUGGGCCCUGACGGAUCCCCCUACGUCCAGGUCCUCAAGCAUUCGGGGAUUAAUAGUUCGGAUGCGGAACUGCUGACUCUGUUCAAUGUGACUGAAGCUGACAGCGGAGAGUAUAUUUGUAAAGUUUCCAAUUAUAUUGGUGAGGCCAAUCAGUCAGCGUGGCUCACAGUAACCAGCCCAAAGUUGGAAGAAACGGAGGAGAAGCCUUCCACUCUGUCGUCACCGGUCUACUUGGAGAUUAUCAUCUACUGCACGGGGGCCUUCCUCACGUCCUGCAUGGUUGUGACGGCCAUCGUCAUCCGCAUGAAGAGCACGGCCAAGAAGCCUGACUUCAACAGCCAGCUGGCCGUGCACAAACUGGCCAAGAGUAUCCCGCUGCGCAGACAGGUAACAGUGUCCGUCGACUCCAGCUCCUCCAUGCACUCAGGGGUCCUCCUGGUGCGGACCACCCGCCACUCCUCCAGCGGUACUCCCAUGUUGGCCGGAGUCUCGGAGUAUGAGCUGCCUGAGGACCCCCGCUGGGAGUUCCCCCGGGACAAGCUGACCCUGGGUAAACCGCUUGGCGAAGGCUGCUUUGGGCAGGUGGUGAUGGGAGAAACCGUUGGCAUCGACAAGGAGAAGCCCAGCAAACCGGUCACUGUAGCCGUCAAAAUGUUGAAAGCCGAUGCCACAGAGAAGGACCUCUCGGACCUCAUCUCGGAGAUGGAGAUGAUGAAGAUGAUUGGCAAGCACAAGAACAUCAUUAACCUACUGGGAGCCUGCACUCAGGAUGGUCCGCUCUACGUUAUUGUUGAGUUUGCUUCCAAAGGGAACCUGCGUGAGUACCUACGAGCCCGACGCCCACCUGGUAUGGAGUACUGUUAUAACCCUUCCCACGUGCCUGUAGAGCAGCUCUCCUUCAAGGACCUGGUGUCCUGUGCUUAUCAGGUGGCCAGGGGUAUGGAGUACCUGGCCUCGAAAAAGUGCAUACACCGGGACUUGGCAGCUCGAAAUGUGCUGGUGACGGAAGAAAACGUGAUGAAGAUUGCCGACUUCGGGCUGGCACGAGACAUCCAUCACAUCGAUUACUACAAGAAGACGACAAACGGCCGUCUCCCUGUGAAGUGGAUGGCCCCAGAGGCUCUGUUCGACCGGAUCUACACUCACCAGAGUGACGUCUGGUCUUUCGGGGUGCUGCUAUGGGAGAUCUUCACGUUGGGGGGGUCGCCGUACCCUGGCAUUCCCGUGGAAGAGCUCUUCAAACUGCUGAAGGAGGGGCACCGGAUGGACAAGCCCUCGAACUGCACCCAGGAGCUCUACAUGACGAUGAGGGACUGCUGGCACGUCAUGCCCUCCCAGCGCCCCACCUUCAAGCAGCUGGUCGAAGACCUGGACAGGAUUUUGGCGAUGACGUCAAAUCAGGAGUACCUUGACUUGUCGGUGUCUCUGGAUCAGUACUCCCCCAGCUUCCCGGACACCAGGAGCUCCACCUGCUCCUCCGGCGAAGAUUCAGUCUUCUCCCACGACCCCCUACCCGAGGAGCCGUGCCUCCCGAAGUACCCAGGACAUGCCAACGGGGGCCUGAAGAGGAAGCAUUAAAGGUGGGGCCCCUUGGAUCUGGUGGAGCAGAACUCCCCCAGGACAUCAUUCCAUGAAACCAAUCGCACCAAUCGACGAGUCCGAACUGGUGUCUCUGCACACACCCGUGCGUACGGCAGCCUCGUCCGUUUGGUGGUUACUGUCCUUUGGGGCUGCUCACUGUUCUCGAUCGACAACUGCAUACAAAAGACAAAGAAAUGAGCCAUUCCUUGGGUGAACGUCAGUCGGGACCUUCCUGGGCUUAACAGUGACUGGCACCAGACAACAGCCCAGCGGAGUAGAUCAUCUGCCUGCUCUCUCCCACUCCCCACCUGUUCCCCACCCCUCGGGUGGGCAUGGGGGAGAUGCACUGUACCCACAGCCCCGUCUCUGAAGUGGGGCAGCAGGGGACUCGUGGCUCGGAGAUGUGUUGCUUUGGGGAGAGAGAGCUAAAAGGCAGGAACAUGAGUGCAGAUGAUGAGGGAGCACGCCUUGUAAAUAUGGCCAAAUAUGUAUAAAUAUAAAUAUAUUUACAUGAAUUUUUUUUGUAAAGUUGACAAGAUUGUUGCCAGAAUAUUGUUGCUGCAGAUUACCGUGAUCCUCCUGGAAGAGUGGGCUUGUCUCGUGCGUUUGUGCAGCUCAUAGGCUUUUCUCCCUGUUCUCACAGAGGAGGGUAUGAAGAUCUCGUCCUACCUGCUGCUGAAGGCUAGGGUAAUGAAGUUGUGAUGUGGUGGAACAGCGUGUCAGUCCUGGGAUUGCGGGCUGGCUUCACUGUUGGGUCACUGGGUCUUGGUCUGGUGAUCUUUCUACUACUGGCCAGGACUGCGUUGCCCAAGAUGGUAUGGACCAGUAAGAUAGCCCAAGGAGCAUCUGCAGUCCAGUCCUUCUCAACUCCUAUCUGUACCUUCUAUCCCAUCCCUUCCCCCUCCCAUCUCCUUCCUGUGACCCUUCCAGACUCUCUAUCCCAUCUCCAGUCCGUUCCCACUCCCAGCUCCGUCUCCUACCUCCUGACCAUCCCUUCCGAGCCUCCAUCCAUACCCCUUCCCCAGCCCCUGUCCGUCACACCCCCCUGUCCCCAUCUGUACCCUUCCCCCUCUCCCACCACUCCACACUGACCGUGCCACUUCUCAGCCGGCUCUCCAGCGGUUUUCUAGGAAAAUCUUUCUCUUGUGAGGGGGGUGGAUUUGUCCUUUCCCUGAUGGUAGACUGGUCGCCGCAGUGACUGUGGAGGUCAAUCAGCUUCAACUCUUGUGCCAAACUAGGGCUGACCACCCCCUCUCACUCUGUGCUGAUCUUUUCCCCUCCCCUGGGCUGACCUCCUCCCCUUCCCACACACCUCACCCAGGUGACCUGAUCUCUAGCCGUACCCAGCCCCCACACAUCACCCUGGUGACCACCAUCCUCUUCCCCCCAAUACUGCUCCACCAGGCAGACACCACUUCCCAUCAGACACCAAACAACACAAGCAUCGGCUGGUAUUUACUCAGACAUUGCCCCAUCCCUGCAGUCAGCAGGUUUAGGUUGAUCUGCCCCAGUCCCCCAGGUUCCCAGGUUGUGAAAGGUUCAGGCGCGGCCUCUCGGCCUGUCCCAUCUUCUAAUGAGGCCACAGUUGAUCCAUUGUCAACUUCUGAACAGCUGCCUCGCCCUUAAUGCCUGAAACCAUUGGUUUACACAAACCUAUCAGUCUCAGACUAUGAACCAGUGCUUGCCAUGGCUGAAGAGUUCCUCAUGCCACUCCCCCACCCCCCUGCCCCUGCACACACACGUAAAAGGGUAUCCAAAUUUCACUCCUGCCUUGGACCACCCCCAUCAGCAGAAAUGUUGGUCUUCGCAUCAAUCACAGCACCCCAGGGGGGCACGGUCCCAGUAAUCGAAUCGUCCUCGGUCUGCCUCUCCAAAGGAGUGACCUUACUGCGUUUCUGCAGGCAAUAACAUGCGCUGCUGUUCACCGCAGCUGUUGUACAGCCUGGAGACCACUUGCCUUUCUUAGUCGCCAGCCGAGGGAAAUUAAGUUAAAGCCUCCGAGAAUGUUGGCAGCUAAACUUCUUAGUCAGGGAGUGGGUAGAGAACGCAGCGGGGUCCGUGUGAAUGGGAACGGUGUACGUGGCUGUAGUAGGUCAAGUUGCAUGUGUGUGUGUGUGUGUGUGUACCACAGCAAGUGUUAGCCCACCCCCAGACUGACCGGGGUCUGCACUGUGAUCAGUGCCUGGGGAUGGGGGAGAGCGGUCAGAGCUACUUCUGUAAACGGCUGCCCCUCCGCAGCGUCACUUUUACGAAUCUUGUCUUCACAGCCAGGCAUUGCAGCCCCAUUACCACUUCUGUCAGACUCACGUUCACAGGUUCAGCUUGAGGGAGCACGGAACCUCGCGCUGGGGUGGGGUGACCAUUUGGCCCACAGGGUGGAUGCUUGCCAUUGGUCAUUUAGAUCCCCCACAAGCCUUUCCUUAUGGAGCUUAUUUUGAAAGGUGCAAAUUAAUUUUCUUCAGCCAUCUAGAACAUUCUGGGUGACAACGCUUGUGUGUGUGUUUUUUUUUAAAAAGACUCUCUUACUGUUUGUGUUCUUUGCCCACUAAUGUAGACCCCUGCCUUCAUGAUAAAGGCUCUAUUUUCACUCAUGAAUGUACUUGGAUUCAUUCACCCCUGACCUCAUAACACCAUGUUCGUCUGCAUCUAGCAGGUGUUUGGGAUGGCAGGGGACUUUCUGAGGUAAAGGUGGUGUGUGGGGGUGUCAGCGGUGAGGUUGUAAACGGGCUGGGGGCCAGGCAGUGGAAGUUCUUUGUCCGAGUGUUCAAAGUGCCGACGUUUCCGGUGCGGCUGGUGUACGUCUCACAGGCAGCGUGAAAGCCACUCUGUUGUACGGAGGGUGGCGGGGGGGGGCCACUUGUGUGGGUGCAGGCAGGCUGGUGUCAGGUGAGGCCGCAGAGGGCCGUCCUUGUCUGCGGGUUCACGGUGGCCGGUGAGUUCAAGGUGUACUGCCCCUGACCAGGCUGUGUGUGCAUGAGAAAAACUAUUGCCUAAUUUAUUGCUUUUUUUAAUUAAAAAAAAGAAAUGUUUUUUUUCCCAUUUUAUAAAUGUUUACAAGGUUUAAAAUUGACCUGUAGUUAUUCUCAUAUUUACCCUUCUAUGAUUAAAUU